UAGUUUUCAUCAAGUUUACGUUCGAAAGGUGUUCCUUGUAAGCAAAAUCGGCAGAUGGAAAAUGAAUGAAAUCGGGACUUGGAAAUGUGAACGUUAAAACGGUGAAAACGCUGUAAACGUUGUUCUACUGUUGCUAGCUUUCUAUAACAGCUAAUAGCUAGCUAAGAGCUAUCGAGCUAGUGUGGCUCGGAUUUUUAUGCUACCAAAAGAAGGUGUACUCAUAUCUUUGCUAACACAUUUACUCAACUGAUGAAGGGUUUCGGGGGAGCUACCUAAAACUACGAGAACGAUUCCAAUGAAACCGGGUUGGUGUUCCGAGCUAAAGGCAUUAUACAAUACAAUACUGUUUUAGCCAGUACAUUUCUUAACGGAGCCUAUUGGAUACCUGGACUUCUCAGUGUCCUCGCUCAGCAAAUAAAGUAUUUAUUGUGAGCGUGAUCCCGAUGAUGUCAGGAGGAUGUGAACAUGUGAUCAGCUGACCUUCUCAGUUAAGCGCUGGAUGAUUCAGCAGCAGCUGCACCGAGAGAAGUGACCUCACCAUGGAGCGUAAACUAGAUUUGUCUCGCUUGACCGACGAAGAAGCGAAACACGUCUGGGAAGUGAUUCAGCGUGACUUCAACCUGCGGAAAAACGAGGAAGACCGACUUGGCAAACUGAAGGACUCCAUCCAGAAGGAGGACACCAAACGUGAGCUGCUCGGCGCGCAGAACAACUUGGCCGAGUCAUUGUGUAUCCGCUGCCUGCAACCCUUUAAGUUCCUGGUGAACAGCAAGCGCCAGUGCCUGGAUUGCCGCAUGUUCACCUGCAAGUCAUGCAGCCGCUAUAACAAGAAGGAGCACGGUUGGGUGUGCGACAACUGUCGCAUGACCAGGGUUCUUAAGAUUGGCACCGUGGGGUGGUACCAUGACAACAUCCGGAACCGUUUCAAGCGAUUCGGCAGUGCCAAGGUGAUGAGGUCACUGUACAAGAGACUGAAUGGAGACGGUGGACGGGAUGACGACACUCAGAGCAUGCCGGAUGUCCGCAGCAACCACUACAACCCAAAUGACGAUGAUCAAGGAGAAAUUGAGGCGCAACGAUACAAAUCGAUGCGUAAAAAUAAACGCCUGUUGUCAGUUCAUCCAUUCGACUUUGACUCGGAGGACUAUUUCCCCCAUUCACGCCGUUCGUCCGUGCAGCAAAUUCAGGAGGAUCGAGCCUACAGGAAUGACGGGGAAUUCGACAUGAACCAACAGCGAAUGAAUCGCCGAAGAAGUUUGGAUCGUUUUGCAAUGAGAAGUGACGAUUACGGUGAGAAUCGAAUGGUUCGGACUCGAUCUUUGUCCAAGAUCAGCUCCAUGGCUCGUCAGCAGUAUAUCGACACAUCUGAUGAAGAAGAGUGUCAGCGUUUUCCACCCAUGUACCAGCCACCCCACCACCGCCGCCGCAACAGCCGGGCCUCAUCUCAGGAGAACCUUGGUCAAAACCCUCCAAUUAACGAGUUGAACAAACGCAUGUCGGCCAUCGAGGGUCUGCUGAAUCGUUUGGAGGAAAAGAUGUCGCCUGCCGACAAGGCGUCCGGGUCAUCAGGACAGAACGAGGAAGAGAAGCUGAUGAAGAAGUUGAGCGAGUUGGCCGGGAACCUCGGCAACAAGCGCAUGUCAUCGGACGACGAGGCGGACAAGAAGGCCUCUUUGGGAGGAAAAAGCAUCGGUGGUGGCAGGGCAGCGGCCACUCUGGAGUCGAUGAAGAACCUGAGCUCAUCCAGCGACGACAUGCCAAGUGAAGCACAGAAGAGAUCGACCGCCGCCGCCCUCUGUGACCUCACCACUGAGGCCCUGAGAACCAUUAAUGCCACAGAAAAUGCGAUGGUUGAGUUCGGCCUGUCAGAGCCGGUCGACAGAAGCCCCAUGUUAGGGACUGAUGCUAAACAAGCCGAUGAGGCGUUCAGGCAACUUGAGGAAAAUGUGUACAUCGCCGCCGGGCAGUCGCACGAACUGGAAACGAAGCUGCGGCGACUGGAACAAAGUGCCAAAAAUCGCUUCGGCGGCGCAACAGAUUCGGAACUUUCCGAGCUGGAGGAUGUGGUGGCGCUGACAGCCGCCAGGGUGCAGAGUGCCGAAAGCGAGGUAUCCGAUAUCGAAAGUAAGCUGGCAGCCCUGAGAGCUGCACGAUCGAAGAAGAAGGUUUCCGGAUCACAGAGGAAGAAGUCUAAUCAAGAGCACAUUGCCAAACCCGAGAGAAAUGGCGCUGCUUUCAAAUCCAACAUCUCUUGAACCAGCAAGUUUCUUCUACCCGGUUAGGUCUCAAAGGUUUUAAAUCUUAUUUUUCCCCUACUUCUCGACUUUUCGAGGAAAUAAUUGAAGUGAUGAAAAAUGUAAUCCUUCGCAUAAACAGUAUUUGCAAAAUUUAGAAUCUUUUGGGGUGAUCAAAUUUAAAAUAUUUUCCAUAAUCAAAGAUCAUUUGAAAACGUCAGCACUCGCAAUUAUUUAUUGAAAUGCGUAUGCACGCAGACUUGUAGUUUGACACCCAUGGCUUUACCAAUUUGCUGACAUUUUUUUUUCCCAAUAUUUUUUUUCUGUCAUCUUUUUACGGGAAAAUACCUUGUUU